AUGUCCUCCGCCACCGUCACCGCUGCCGACACCACCGUCGUGCCAGAGACGGCGGAAGCAGAAAUGAAGACGUACUGGUGUCACGAAUGCGACAUGAGCAACCACCUCCUUCCCUCGGACGACGACGACGACGACGACGGUGAACUUGAGUUCGACGACACUUUUGAAGACCCGUUAUCUCUGCUCUCCACACUGCCAAAUAGUACCUCCAAAUCUUGCUCUGAUUCUGUGCCCACUAUAGUAGUUACCUCUUCCUUGCUAUCGCAGCUUGACCCUGGAGGGGUUCUAUGUGCGGUUUGCAAGGACACAAUUGGGGUUGAUGCGGAGGCUAAGCAGCUUCCGUGUAAGCAUUUAUACCACUCCGAUUGUAUCACGCCUUGGCUGGAGCACCACAAUUCUUGCCCGCUUUGUCGCUUUCAGCUGGUCGGUGAACAAGAGGAGGAUGGGGUUUCUCAGGCAAGGAGGAUCAGAAGGCAGUUGAGAACGGCCAUGAUGAGGUUGUCUGAAUUGAUGGAGGAGGAGGAUGAUUUCUAUGGGUUGAGGACUACUCUGAGUCACAUUGCUAGUAGACGCCGCGUUCUUUCUUCUGCUGUUUCGGAUCAUAGGGAUGAUGAGAACCCUUCUGAUUCCCUGGCCUCCCCUCGGGUGACGGAACCAGAUUCUGUGUCUGCUGGUGGCAGUGAAAAUUCGGAGGCUCUUUCGAGCUGA